GAAGGAAAGAAAAACAGGAAGGCCUUAUCCACAGCCACACACCGCCACCCUCACUCUGAGACACUCGCACCCUCUCGCGCACGCGCCCGGCGCACACCGUACCAUGGCCGCGGCGGCUUCUGCUUCCCUGCUCCGCCUCGCCACCCCGAUCCGCUCGCCGCGCCCCGGCCUCCCUCGCCACGCCGCCGCGCGGCCGCGGGGCGCGCGCCUGGCGCCGGCGCGGGCGUACAAGGUGACGAUCGAGCACGGCGGCGAGUCCCGCGUGGUGGAGGUGGAGGAGGACGAGACCAUCCUGUCCCGCGCGCUGGACGAGGGCCUGGACGUGCCGCACGACUGCAAGCUCGGCGUGUGCAUGACGUGCCCGGCGCGGCUGGUCGCCGGGGAGGUGGACCAGAGCGACGGCAUGCUCAGCGACGACGUCGUGGCGCAGGGCUACGCGCUGCUCUGCGCCGCGUACCCGCGUUCCGACUGCACCAUCCGCGUCAUCCCCGAGGACGAGCUGCUCCAGGUCCAGCUCGCCACCGCCGACGACUGAUGGCGCCCCGCCGGCGGCGAGCGGGCCGACCGGGCAACAGCCUCCGGCAGCGUGUAAUAAUAAUGAUCCGAGACUUGUCCACCUCUGUCGAUUAGCUCUAGGGACACAAACUUUUUCUGAGAAUGGUUAGUGCAGUAUGCCUCUUUGCUAAAUUUCUUGUCAGUUCUGUGUGAGAAGUAAGAAUUUUGAUGGAAAUAGGAAAAUCCAUCAUUUGGCUAACAUGUGGUGAAACACAGAAUCAACCAUUUAUUA